GGAGGGAGUCCUCCAGAGGAGUAAAUGGAAGGAUCUCUGGGAUCUCAGGUUGGAAGAAGAACCUGGGAACUUUUUGGUUCCUUCUCCUUCCAGCUUGAAGCAACUGGAGCAAAGAAGGGGAUCUGAGCCACCUUUGCUCAGCCCUUCGGCAGGGUUUAAACCUCUCUUUUCUUUUUCCCACCCUGGAAAGAUUUGGUAUCUGUAUCUUCCUGCCCUUGUUGCUCCUUCAGUUUGUGCAGCCCUGCUUUAAGAACUAUAUCCAGCCACUCAUUUGGCCCUGUGGAAUAUCUGUUGAAGAUGGGAGAUCAGAGCAUCAUUGGAUUCGAAUUCAGGAAAGACUUUUGUACCAUUCGAGCUGACAGUAUAGAAUUCAGGGAAACACUGAUGAAGAAAGCUGUGGAUGAAGACACCCUGGGCUCUGAUAUACUGCGACAAUGCUUCAGGCAGUUCCACUACCAGGAGGUUGCUGGACCCCGAGAAGUGUGCAGCCAACUCUACACACUCUGUUGCCAGUGGCUGAAGCCAGAAAGACGCACAAAAGCUCAGAUCCUGGACCUGGUCAUUCUGGAGCAGUUCUUGGCUAUCCUCCCUCCAGAGAUGGCCGGUUGGGUCAAGGAAUGUGGGGCAGAGAGCAGUUCCCAGGCGGUAGCCCUGGCCGAAGGCUUCCUCCUGAGUCAGGCAGAGCAGCAAAAGGAGCAGAGCCUAUUUGCAGAAGAGACCAAAGCUGUUCCCGAGGCAGAGGUGUCUCCAUCCUACCUCCGAGAGAGGCAGCCAUUGAGGUGGAUCAUACAAGAGGAUGACAGUGAUAUUGCCUGCCUGGGAUACGGACCACAGAAAUCAGUAGGAUGUCCUGGCUUAUCUCCUCUUCGUGGUUCAGCAGAAACAGCAUCUGUACAAAAGGAUCAGGAUCCACUGACCUUUGAUGAGGUGGCCGUGUAUUUCACCAAUGAGGAGAGGGCCCUCCUGGAUCAGGAACAGUGGACCUUGCACCAGGAAGUGACAAAAGAAAAUUUGAGGAACUUUGUCUUUCUGGCUUGAUCUGUGUAUACCUAUUCCAGCUGAUGGUGUGCAUGAGGAUGAAGGAGAACAACACAAAGCCUCAGCAGAAGACAAAGAAGUGAAAAAGGACUUCUGCAUUCAAGGUGUACCAACAAGGCUGGAGGGAAACCACACAAACAACAGGGAAGACAAAUCCCUUCCCUGUUUGAGAGGACUGCUUCUAUCUGGACAAGAACAACAAACAGAAAAGGCACAUGAGAAGUGCCCUAAUGCUCUUCUGAGAAUCUCUCCAGAGGGUGAAACUACUCAAAGCUCAGAUUUUGCAAAAAGCAACAUCCCUGGAAAAUGUUCAAUGCUCCAAGCAUUUCUAUCCUUUUUACAUGAAAAGCCAUACAAAUGCUUGGAAUCUAAAAGGAGAUUCAACCAGAAUUCAAUGCCAUACCCAUGUCAGGUAUGUGGGAAGAGCUUCAGGCGCAGUGAGCACCUUCGUGUUCAUCAAAGAAUGCACACUGGAGAGAAACCUUACAAAUGCUUAGAAUGUGAGAAAAGCUUCAGUCAGAUUUCAAACCUUAGAAGACACAAAUACAUACACAUAGGAGAAAGACUGUCUGUCUCAAACCAUCCCUUGGCACACAUACAGGAAAGAGAUAAUACAGAACCCCAUACUGUAGCAAGAGCUUGAUAAUGAACUGAACUGAAGGCAAAACUACUUCACACAGCACAUGCUCAGAAUGUUGGAUUUUGCUACCACAAUGUAGCCAGCAAUGUCUGGUUAUCACAGCAGAUAUAAAUUUCCUUUGCUGCCAAAGGCAUAAUGUUUUUAUGUAUCAAUUGCCAAUAGUGUGAGAAGGAGAUAUAUUUGCCUCCAUGUCUAAUUGAUGGGCUUCACAUCAGCAACUGGUUUCACACAAUUGGCUACUGUGAGAUACUGGACAUGGAAGGCUGUAGGCUCGAUCCAGCAUGACUCUUCUUUGUAAGCACACAGGGUCAUCUUGCCCCAGUUCUAUGUAGCUACUUUGAUGUCCCUACUUUGAUAGAUAGCCAUGGAUAGACCCUUCAGUCUCUGUGACAUUCUCUACAUGGCCUUUAAAGAUAUCUUAAGGUUUGGUCCCAGGACCUUUCGUGGAUACCAAAAUCAAUGGAUGCUCAAGUCUCACUAAAUACAAUGGCAUAGUAAAAUGGUGCCCCUUAUAUA